UGGUUCACAUACAGCCACGCGUCGUUGUCGUUUGGUGUAUGCUAUAUUUUUGGCUAUUCUAACCGCAUCUCAACAGAAACAGGAUGUUCCCUCAAUUGCAUAACAGCGUUUCUGCAUGAGUGUGUGUGUGUGCGCUUGGUGUGCCAGGGAGGAAUCACAACAAUUAAAAUAUGUUCAAACAAACAACUCUUGGCUGGCAACAAUAUAAUUAAGCAAACAACAAUUUAAAAGCUGGCUGUCAGUUGCAUUUGCGCUGCAGUAAAUAAUUAUUAGCUGAAAGGAUUUGUGAAAAAUUGUUUGUCUGCCGACUAUCUAAGUUAUCGAUAGUUAAGAAACGCGAUAGUUUCCCUACCAACAGUAUUCGUACGAACAAUUUUACAUAACCCUCAGUCAUAUAGUCGUACGUCGAGUGAUAUGGCCGUGUUUCUGAUCAACAUCUGCAAAUUCAAUGGAUGUUCAAAGACCUUUCAGAGUCUAAGCGACUUAAUAUCACACAUUGAGGACACACAUAUAGACUAUGAUCCAAAGGUGGUUGAGCAAAAAGAGCUGGCGCAACCUUCGUGCCUGCCGCUCAGCUAUGUGUUGCGCUUUAUCUCAGAGGAUGCGCGCAAGGAGGCUCCCACAUUUUUGUCAAACAGUAGCAAUAGCAACACUAAUAGCAUCACCAACAAUGGCAACAAUGGGAAUACAGGCAAUGCGGAGCUCAAACGCAAGUUGGCCAUCAAGCAUCAUAGCUACAGCAUAUCAUCCUCCAAUCGCAGCAAUACGCCCACAGGCAGCGAAAUGGACGAGGAUGAAAUGGUCGUAACUGAAUCCGAGGACAGCAAUGACUCUUGGACCACCGAGGAGUUCAGUUCGGAGUUUAUUAUGCGAUAUGGUAGCAGGCAUUCUGGAGGCGGCAGCAAUGGCACGCCGGGCAAUGAGAAACCUUUCGCCUGCCCCGUUCCUGGUUGCAAGAAGCGUUAUAAAAAUGUGAACGGCAUCAAGUAUCAUUCGAAAAAUGGCCACAAAAAGGACGGAAGAGUGCGCAAGGGAUACAAGUGUCAUUGUGGCAAGAGCUACAAAACUGCACAGGGCCUGAAAAACCAUGCGCUAAUCACACACAACUCACAUCCAGAGAGUGUGCUAACCCCGCAGCAGGCCAUGAAAGCUGCUGUUGAUGCCAUAGCUGUAAACAGUUGUGGUGUGAUUAACAACAACAGCAGCUGUGCUGGUAAUGGGGGCUUGAUGCAGCGCAGCAACUCUCCAUCGCAAUCGCUGGGCUCACUCAGCCCCUCCAGCAGCAACAUGUCGAGCGGCACUAGCAACAGUUUGUCUAGCAGUGCUGCCACUGCCAGCAACAUGUUGCAACAGCUAAGCAAUGCCAACAUUGUGACUGUAACUAAUGUGGCACCUCAACAGCAACCGACGCAACAGCAGCAAAUGAGCAUCAGCACACAUGCGCAAACCGUAGCAACAGCAGCCACACCAAUAACAACAACAACAACAGAAACCUCUUACUCCUGCUCACACAACAAGCACAACAACAACAACAACAACAACAGCAGCAGCAACGAAAACUGCAAACAAAGUUCGACAACACCAACUGCCGCUAAAUAUACCAGGCCCACAGCAGCCGCGUUAGCAGCUUCAACUCCAACCCCAGCGCCAAGCAAAAGUGCAACAACAACGCCGAUGCAAAUAUCGCCCACUUUUAUAGAGCACAAGUAUUCGGCGCUGGCCAUUAAGGAGAAAUUCUUUUCAAAUUUGCGCACCUCGCGAGCAGCAACAGCAACGCCAAACGAUGCAUCAACUGGCGUUGUGGAUGCAACGAGCCCCAAUGCUGGCAACAUGUUGCGCGCUGUUGCUGUGGGUCAAAUGUGCGCGCUGCAGAAUGAGCACAUACAUCAAAAUCUCUACAAGAAAACAAUCAAUUGAGACAUAAGAAGGCACACGUUUGUCUGUGCCGCAUUCAAGUUGGCUGUGAUGCAAGUAUGUUUAUGUAUGAUGCACUCGAGAAUGGCGGAGCAAGAGGAUUCAUCAAUAAGGCAGAAGAAAUAUAGGCUGAGCAAGGACGAAAAAGUAGUUCAUUUAAAUUAUUUACAAACAAAUAUAAAUAUAACAAUAAAAAUCAUUCAUUACGCAAAAAUAUCAUAGUGAAAGAAAAGCAUAAAGAGCAAGCAUACACACAAUUUAUCUCAAGAAACAGAAAAUACUUGUCCCAUUUGGCAGCGAAGAAAAAAAGCACACAAAAUUAGUGGAUAACAAAACAAACAAAAAAAGAGAAUUCAUUAACAUUUAGUAAAUAAAUUUUUGAAGAUGUAUCUUCAACUAGUCAUUAUUGUAGUUAAAUUAAAUAUUUUAAUUUACAUGCACAGCAAAAUUAUCUGCCAGACAAAGAUUUUUAAAAACCUUGGCCAAGAACUCUGGAAAUUGCCUGCACAAAAUAUUGGAAUCGUUAUAUGUAUGAAAAUAUCAUGUGCUUCGCCAAUUAGCUAAAUUUUUUCAAUUGACAUAAAGUUGAAUUGGCCUGCAACUUUAUGUACAAAUAUUAUAAUCGGUAUGCAAGCUAGCUGUAAAUUAUAAAAUGCAAAAAGAAAAAUUUAAAAAAAAAAACUUCUUUAUAUUUAUGUAUGUGUGGAACCGAAAGAAUACAAAUGUUUAAGCUAUAGGGCUUUAACGAAUUUCCUCUUAGAACCCAUAAUAACUCUAUGGUAGUUAUAGUAUUAUAUGGUUAAUUGCAAAUAAUUCGAUGCGUCUAUGUUUAAUUUAUGUGUGUCUAUAUGUACGUUUUCUGAUCGUCCUUAAAAAUAAUAAAUUUAAUAAUUAAUUAGCUAUAUGUUCUAUUUGUAUGAAAAGAGUCAUAAUCGAAGUAUUUAAUGCAUAGAAAACAAAAGCAAAAACAUAAAAUAACCUUACGUUAAUGACUAGGAUAUAUCGACACAUUGGCAGCGAGCUAAAUCGCCCACCACAAAAUAUAAACAAAAACACUGUAAUUGGGUUCCUUUUGUAUUAUGUAUCCUUAUUAAUGCAUAACAUUGAAAUGAGAAAUGAAACUAAACAGAAAGCAGAACAAAACAAUUGAAAUUUUACAUAAAUAUUUACAUAAACUUAUAUACAUACAUAUUAUUAGUAUACCAAAUGCCGCCAACCGCCAAACAAAUUUUGAAGCGCAUUUGCAGACGCUCAGCGUCUUAAAUUAGUAUAACGUACAUAUAACUAAGUAUAAAUAAAUAUUAACUUUAAUGUGCGCCCUUAAAAAACAAAAACCUAAAAAAAAAUGUUUAACAACGCACGCAUACGUGGCUGCAACUAACCGCAAUAGUACUACAAUAUCUGCUUCGGCACUCCGAAGUUUUUAUUCUUGCAGAUCAAUUGUUUAUUGCUCAAUAGUUGUCCGUAAUGUUUAUGAAUAAUUUUAAUUGAAUGUGCAUGAAAAUUAAGAAAGAACUUAGAUUCUGCUAGAGUAAAAAUAAAUGAAAAACAAUAAUAUGAAACUUUUGCGAGAACUUUGAAAUCUAACGCGAACCCUCUAAUGAAAACAAUAAAUUGAAUAUACCUAUUUCUAUAAUUGAAUGUAUUUCAUCUUAUAUAAGACUGCUGUUAUUAUUAA